AUGGCUCCAAAGCAGAUCAGAACUAUUGGCCAAGUCUCUCAAUAUGUGUGCCUUUUGUCCAAGCCAGUAAGUCCGGUUUCGGGCCAGGUACGCCAAUUCACCUCACCCGUUGAUGCAUCGAUUCCGGCAUCAAAGCAGAAGUUUGUACCUUCAUCAGGAACAUAUCCAAAGGGUUUCAAGGUUUCUGGAAGCCAUGCAGGUGUUAAGGCUUCCAAUACAUCAGCCCCUGACCUGGCAUUGGUGUGGUCUGAGGAGCCAUGUUCCGCAGCGGCUGUUUUUACUACAAACAAAUUCCAAGCAGCCCCUGUCCAAGUGAGCUCAGAACUGAUUCGAAAGAGGAACGGGAACGGAAUCCGAGGGGUUAUUGUUAACGCUGGCUGCGCGAAUGCUGUCACAGGCAAAAAGGGACUACAGGACGCGAGAAGCAUGAGCAAAAAAGCGGACGAAUGCAAUGGGCUUAAAGAAGAAGAUUCAAGUACUCUUGUUAUGAGUACUGGUGUGAUUGGCCAACUAUUACCUAUUGAGAGAAUCCUCAACAAGGUCCCUGAAGCACAAUCCAACCUUGCGUCUACACAUGCGGCAUGGUUACGUACAGCUCGAGCCAUCUGCACUACCGAUACGUUCCCAAAACUCACCUCUAGAAGCUUUAGCCUACCGUCCUCACCGGACCGUACAUACAGCAUUGCGGGAAUGACCAAGGGUGCCGGCAUGAUUCAUCCAAAUAUGGCUACACUUCUAGGUAUAAUUUGUACCGAUGCACCCAUCGAAGCUCCUGUUUUGCAAUCACUUCUUUCUCACUCUAUAUCUCGGUCUUUCAACUCCAUAUCCGUGGACGGCGAUACCAGCACCAACGAUACGGUAGCUAUUCUCGCCAAUGGCGCGGCGGGAGGAACGCCCAUCUCCUCGACCGGUUCAAAAGAUUAUACCGCCAUGCAAUCGAUUCUAACGCAGUUCACGCAAUCUUUAGCUCAACUAGUUGUCCGUGAUGGCGAGGGGGCUACCAAGUUCGUGACUGUUCGCGUUAAGAAUUCGCCUUCUUACACCGAUGCCAAAUGCAUUGCCUCAACAAUUGCUCGUUCCCCACUGGUGAAGACCGCAUUAUAUGGCAAGGACGCCAAUUGGGGACGUAUCCUUUGCGCAGUUGGAUAUACGCCAGACCUUACUCCUGGCACGGUUGUACCGGAGAGGACUAGCGUGAGCUUUAAACCUGCUGAUGGAAGUGCUGAGCUCAAGCUACUGGUAAAUGGGGAGCCAGAAUCUGUAGACGAGGGGCGAGCCUCCUCCAUCUUGCAACAUGAGGAUCUUGAGAUCGUUGUGGAUCUAGGAGGUGGAGCUAGUGGAGAGGCUGGUAGGGGCGGUGAAGAUGCAAUUUAUUGGUUCUGUGAUUUCAGCCAUGAAUACGUAACUAUCAAUGGAGACUACAGAACAUGA